AACCACAACUGUGAGUAGAGUCGACUUCGCAUUUAUCAGUCUUAUAUCGUCGGCAUAUGUCGCUUGGAAUAACGCUUCGCGUGUCAUCUGCAUCCUCCCCCAGCUUGUUCGAGACUUGAUAUACCAACCAUGUCCUCUUCUGCCAUGCCACCUCCUCCUACUCCCUUUGCUCAUCGCCGCACGCAUCGACUCAUCACCAGCCAUCUUCCUCCAUCACCACCGGCGUCGCCAGAGUCAUCAAAAUGCGUUCUUCAUAAGAUGUCCUUGUCCAAAGGGGCCACUUUCCACCAGUCAUCAUCGCCCGCCACGGCGGAUGAUCCGGUUUUAAGCAUCCCUCACCUCACUCGACGCUCUCCAACAUGCUCCACGGCCACCUUCACUAGUUGGCUGUCCGAGAAAGAGGACGUCGCUCAGUCCAUUGCCGACUUCGAACAGACGUUCUCUGGCGCUCGUGGCAAGAGAGGUUCGAGUCGACGACGGUCUGCAAAAGCCUUGGAAGAACAGAUCCUGCGUGUCUCCUCACCGUCCGACGAAGGACUUGGCUCGUCGAUCAUCACUUCAAGUGACAAAGGCUUGGCCAAGUCUUUUGAAAGGGCGUUGGAUUUGUUGUCGAACAAGGACAGUGCACUAGGGGCAUCCAUCAGUGGUCCAGUGGAGAAGGUUGUGGGAAACACCUCUGAAGAAGACAGUCUGGUGAAAGACUUGAUUCAAGGUUGGAUUGCCCGCUGUGUGUUGAUGUGUGACGAUGUUAACCAUCCCUCAACAGAAGCUGACCAGCCAGAUUCAACGCAACAACGCCUCAGGCCACGAGCUAAUCGCUCCUCAUCCGCACUGCCAUCGCUACUUAAACCCUCUGCUGUCACACGAAGCAUUGCUCCUCCUUCUCCUCGAGUCUCUGCUCGUCAUCCAGCUCUCAGUUCAUCCGCCCGCAAUCGGAUCAAAGAGUCUAUCAUCUCUCCCAUACUCCGUGACGAGCGAUUCGAGGAUUUCUAUCCUCUCGUCACCGCCCUCGGGUCAACAUUCAACAAGGCCGUCCGAUGCCUGCGUGAUCUUGAACAAAGCCUCAUCUUCCAGCCUUUGGCGCUUGACGUGUCGAGGCAUUUGUAUCGCGCCUUCGGCGAGUUCACUGUGCAACUCGUUGUCGAUACCUACCAGCAUCUCUCUGAGUCAGAACAACGACGAGUGACUGAUCGCCCGUACGACAACGGCUAUUUCCUCGAUCUUGUUCAGCAAGUCAACCGGCUUGCCUCUCAUAUUGGUUCGUCAAGUCGCGCCCAGCAAGCUGGUGCUGCUGGAGAAGAAGACGACGAAAUGGCCUUCUCCAUCGAUGACGAGGUUACCCUGGAGGGUGGUCUCGGUCAGACCGGCAAUGAGGCUGAGCUUGUGCGUUGGAAGAAUGGCAAAGGGUAUUCCCUCCGUACUGGCUUACCUUAUGAGCCCACGCCAGGAAUCAAGCGACAGAACAGUGAAGCAUUGGAUGAAGAUGUUGAGAGGUCUAUGGCUCGCAGGAAAAAGGGCUACAUCCCUGAGGUUGUGGAGCUGAAGUGCCAUGAUAAGACCUGCGAUAAGACCUUCACGCGGAAGUGUGAUCUGGCCAAACAUGAGAAGACGCAUUCCCGUCCGUUCAAAUGUCCUGAACCGGACUGCAAGUAUCACGAACUUGGUCUACCUACCGAAAAGGAGCGAGAACGCCACUACAAUGACAAGCACUCCAAGAACCCACAUUUCUACAAGUGUGAAUUCUGCGAGUUUCGAACCAAGCGAGAGAGUAACUGCAAGCAACAUCAAGAGAAGAAACACGGCUGGCACUACGAACGCGCGAAGGGCAAAGACAAGGUCGGCCCAGCCAGAAUGACACCGGCCCAUACACCCCAAACACCCAGCAUGGAUUACUCUCCCAGUCCUGCUGUGUCGAUCAGGACUUGGGAUGACACAAGCUCCCUUGCUGGAAGUCUUGUAGGCAGCAGUGCCUCUGCUUCCACGCCCUUUGAGCAGCCGGCCACCAACUCCUUUGAUGCCUAUCAGUCAACUCCAGUCACAUACUCCAACCCAAUCUUCCCAAGAGUGGCACAGCCAACCUCUGCCGAUCAUCUCGCUGAAUUUGAUUUCAACUCCACGUCGCUCAAUCAGCCCUUCCAGCCGGCUCAUGCCUACAUCUCGCCCACAAACACGAAUCCGAUCACGCCUCACAUGAUGACAACACCGAUCACCCCGGCUUACAGCAAUAUAACCGAGCCCUCACCAUACGAAACAUCAAUGGAUAUUACCAUGGACUGCAACGCCACAACAUGGAAUUCAGGCAUGCCGACACCGGCUUCAUUCCUUCAGCCCCAUUCGCGCAAUCCGUCCAUUUCGGACUAUUCUCCAAUGAUUGCCGGACCGUCCAGACACUCCUUUAGCGAUCCUACACUCAUGGGACAGGAUGGGGAUUUCCCUAGUGCCGACUUCUCCCUGUUUGGUGGCGAGAGCAGCGCUGCCUUUUCCAACCCGGCAGCUGCCAGUGCGACCCUGUUCCCUGGUGGUCCCGAGGCUUUUGCUAGCCUGGACAACGACCCCAUGUUCGAUGCUGCCUGGAAUGACAGCGACUUUAUCGACUAUGACAUGAACAACUAG